GACAGCGAGGACCAGGCAGAGGAGCAACGGUUUGAGUUUAGGCUGACCAAGAAGGAGGUGGAGGAGAUGAAGACAGAGAAUGCAGCCCAAGAAGCUGAACUGUCAGCCAUGGGGGCCAGAGUGACAGCCAGUGAGAGGGAGACUGAGGAGCAGAUAAAGGAGGUGAGCGUCACUAAGACUGAACUGCAGUUCCAAAGGAACAAGGCGGAGGAGCUGGAGAGAGAAUGCAACCCUGAAAGCCAGAGUGACAGCCAGUGAGAGAGAGGUGGAGGAGCUCAAGACAAAUAACACAGCCAGACCAAAGGUGGCUUUCUCUGCUAGUUUGGCUAAUUUAGGACAUGUAGGACCCUUCAAUACUGACAUUACAUUGGUCCACAGUAGACUCUUCACCAACAUUGGCACGGCCUACAACCCAACUACAGGUAUCUUUACAGCACCAGUGAGAGGAGUAUACUACUUCACAUUCACUGACUAUGAUCGCUGCACUCCGCCAUACAUGAGUGUAUUCCACAGGAGGCUGCUGAGGGGAGGACGGCUCAUAAUAAUGGCUGGAAUGGAGUUAAUGGAAUGGUAUCAAACACAUGGGAGGACAGUCCAUUACUAUGAACCCGUCCUCCCCCAUUAAGGUGCCACCGGCCGCCUGUGGUGUGUUCAUGUACCACAAUACCCGGAAAGUUAUGUUUCAUGACAUAUAUGAUUCUAAUGGAUAGGAUGCACCUGCAUCUAAUGCAUUGUCUUUAGCGCUAGAGAAUGGGGAUGUGGUCUACAUACACCUCUCCACAAAGGCUACAGGCUCUAUUGUGAAAUUGAUUCCCAAACCUCCUUCAGUGGCUUCCUGCUCUUUCCUA